AUGGCAGACGAGAACACUCACAAACAGGAGUUCGCCGUCCGAGAUCUACCCACCACGAACGUUACGCUCUAUCCCACCCGCGCUCAGAUCGUUCGUGAUAUUCGGGACAUUACGCUUAAGCCAGGAAGCAAUGAAAUCACUAUACAUGGUCUGACGCCGACGGCCGAUGAGAGCUCGAUCAAAGUCGAUGGGAAAGGAUCAGCUACAAUUACGGACUUGGUUGUUGAACUUGUACCAAAUCAUGACAAAUACGAAGAUAUCUACCCAUCGGACUCUGAAGAAGAAGAGGACAUAGAAAGUGAAAGCGAGUCGGAUGACGACAGUCAAAAGAUGAAGGAUCUGAAGAAAGAGCAGGAUACGCUUACUCAGGCAAUUAACAACGCCUCGGAAGAAAAGGCCUCAGCGUCUGAUCGCCUGAGCAUACUGGACAAAUAUGGGAAAAGUUUUGGCAGCGAUCGACCCGAAAACUUAAGAGAAUGCAUGUCGAAAUAUCUUGAAGAGCGUCGGAAGGCUUUUGAGGUCUUCAACGACAGCGAAAACCGUCUCAGCGAAUUGAAUGAUCAAAAGGCGAAGAAUAGGAAAAGUCAAGAGAAGGCUCAGCUUCAAGAGGCAAAGAUGAACAAGAAAGCGAGACUUGCAAAACAAAAGGAGAAAGACAGGAAACAACGUGAGAAAGAAAGAAAGCUCCAAGCAAAGCGACAAGUCAAAGUGGAGAGGGCAAAAUUCUGGCCGAAGAAGGUUUACAAAGUUAUAGUCAGUAUGGAGACAGCAGCGACAGAGACGACACCAGCAUCCUCGAGGCGAGGUUCAAUUUCAACGGUAGGGAAGGUCACACCUGAUUUAGAAGCUUGCCAUGUCGCCCUAUCUAUCUCGUAUAUUACAUCUUCUGCCUGGUGGGCGCCGCGUUACGAUCUCAGCCUGCAGACUACAGCAAAGACUGGGACUAUUGUUUACAGGUCGGAGUUCUCCAACAUCUCGAAUGAGACGUGGCGAGACGCACAAAUAGUGCUUUCAACAUCACAGACGGCCUUUCAAGGACUUGGCAGUCCUGUACCUGUUAUGCAACCAUGGCAUAUCGAUCUAUCCAAGGCUUUAGGGUCCGACGUCACGAAUGGCGCGCUUCGGAGCGUCGAUGAACAAAAAUUUGUUCAUAAUGCUGAUCAUUCAAAUGCUGUGGCCCACCAGCAACCUCGCGAUACUUUGUUUGGCUUGGAUACCCUGGAUGAUAGAGGACGCCAAAUGUUGAAUCAACAGCAGAUGCAGAAGAACAACGCAAUUCAACGGCAAAUUUUGCAGCAGCCACAGUCAAAGCCCCAAGCCUCAUCCCUCCUCAGUACCAGUCAUGGUCAAGGAGGCCACGGCGGACAUGGCGGACAUGGCGGAUAUGCCAGGCAUGCGCAAAGCCGAUCUACUGGCUUAUUUGGCUCCAGCUCUCAACCUCCUGGAUCUGGACAAGCCUUCUCAUCAAACGCACGCAAAGAGAGGACGGUUCUAGCUGAUGAGGAAGUCGCCGAAGAGAGCUACAAUGAAGAUGCAGCUACCAUGGUUCCUGACCUCCCUUCAAUCGAAACAGAAGAAUCCAGCUGGUCUGAGUCAGGCUUGACUGCGACAUAUGACAUCCCAGGCCUGCGCACUAUCAGUCCAAGCUACACCAUGCGUCGUCACAAGAUCGCUUCUAUCCAUCUGAGGGAUGUCGUUUUCUCCUACUUACUUGUCCCUAAGCUGCGAGCUGCAGCCUUCUUAAAGGCUCGAAUUCGCAACAGCGCUGCUGGUAUAGCAUUACUUCGAGGACCUACGGGCCUGACGCUUGACGGAUCAUUCUUAGGAAAUACAACUCUACCACGCUGCUCACCGGGAGAAUCCUUCAGUCUAAGUCUGGGCAUCGAUCCGAGCGUGGUCAUUAAUUACAGUAAACCUACCGUCCGAAGGUCCCACGGCGGGAUCAUCAAUCGCGAGACGAGCGGGGUCUAUACACGCUCUUGUACCAUCACAAACACGAAAUCAGGUCGGCUUAUUGAAGGCUUGCUUCUCGACCAGGUACCUGUGAGCGAUGAUGAGAGGCUGAGAGUUGAAGUGCUCCAGCCGCGUGGCCUGAAACGCGAAGGCGAUGGUGCGAAGAGUGGGGUCGGGGUGGGCGUGGGAUAUGCUGGAAAGGAGGAAGCGAAGUGGGGCAGGUCAAACGCAUUUUUCAAGAAAGCUGGUGAAAUCUGCUGGGAAUUCAAGAUCGAAGCGGGGAAGGGAGGGAAGUUUAUUCUCGAAUAUGAGGCGAGGUGUCCCACUGGAGAGGCGAUCGUGGCAGUAUAG